CGCUGGGGCCGGACUCCUGCCGCCAUGGACCCCCGCCGCCCACUCACCUGGGCACUGGUGCUGCUGGGCACCGGUCUGGCGCUCGCGCUGGGCCCCGCGCCUGCUCCGGAAGCCCCAGAGAAGCUGUGCGGCCACCACUUGGUGCGCGCGCUGGUGCGGGUGUGCGGGGGCCCGCGCUGGUCCUCCGAAGACGGGCGGCGAGUGGCUGGCGGGGACCGUGAGCUGCUGCAGUGGCUGGAAGGACGACAUCUCCACGGGCUGGCGGCCGAUGGGGACCCCACGCAGGUUGUCGUGCCACAGCCCCUGCCCCAGGCCUCUCGCCGUCACCGCCCCCGCCGGGCAGCCGCCGCCAACCCUGCACAUUUCUGCUGCCUCAGUGGCUGCACCCGGCAGCACCUGUUGAUCCUGUGUCCUCACUGAACCCGCCUGGGUGUGGCCUCAGAGGAUCCAGAGAUCCCCCAGGGGUCGGGUCUGGCGGGCUCCUGGAGCACCAUAAAGCCCCAUCUGGGAGGACAGGGCGGAUCACCUCCCAGCACUCACCGCCUCCCCCAGGCCACCUUCCUCUGUGGGGCCAACUGCAAAAAAAAAAAAAAAAAAAAAAUCGCACCUCAACCCUGGCCAGGAGGGUCCUUGGUUUCACGGGGACGCCAGACUCUGAGGGCCAAAUGUUCUCACCUCUGAGGAGCCCCAGGCGCCACCCACCCCAUAUCCGUGACACUGACCCUCGUUGAUGUCUCCCUAAUAGUAAAUAAAUGAAGCUCCUGCAGAA